AUGGGACUUUAUUCUAAAGAUUUACAUAUUCAACAAAAAAUUCUUAAUAAUAAUGAAACAUUAUAUAUAAUAGAUGUAUGUAAUGAAAAUAGUAUAAAAUAUCAACAUGAACCAUUAAAAUUGUCAAUACUAGAUGGACCAGAUGCUCCAAAAUUAUGGCUUGUUAAAACAUCUUAUGGUAUAUUUGCUAUUGGUUUUCAGUUAUAUAUCGGAGGAAAACAAACAGGUGACAUAAUUUCCAUCGAGCAGAAAUUCUUUCAAACAUUAAUCGAAGAUAUCAAUUUAUUAUAA